CAAUUUUCUAUAUAUUUAAAAAAACCCAAAACCCGAUUUGUAUUUAAAGGGUGGGGUUUGAGUUUGAAACAAAACAGAGAUUAGAAGUUCCACAACAUCUGACCUAAAUAUUUUCAGCUUCGUUCCGAAAAAACACGGGGAUAGAGAAAGAAAGAGAAGGACACCCCGAUACCCGCCCCGGCGCACUCUAGCGAAUUCCCGAGAAUCGGCCUCAUGCAAAACCUCACUUUCUCUCUCUAAAACCAUAUAGAUAUAUAUAGCUCUCGCUUUCGCUCUGUACUCUCAGUCGGUGCUUCAACUUUCUCUCUCUAAAAAGUCGAGAUAUCAACAAAUGUCUCGUGUGGUGGCGGAGAACACCUCUCCGGCGAGAGAUAGAUUGUCGUUUUUCCAGAGAAAUCAGUCGAUAGAACUCUCAAGCGCCGCCGUAACAGGGGCGUCACCGACGCUAGGCCAGCUCCUGAAGUCCGUCGGCGACGUUCGGAAGGAGGUCACCGGAGACGAGACUCCGGUUCACCAGGUCCUGGACUUGAGCGACACCAGCCUGGAGCCUCGCUCUCUUCCUUUCGCUCUCUCCUUCAACAACCUCACCUACAGCGUCAAAAUCCGCCGCAAACUCGCUCUCCCUUCCUUCCUCGGCGGCCGGAGCAACCACGGACCGCCGGUCACGGCGGAGCCAGUCGCCGGAGAAAAUGUGUUCAGGAAGACCAAGGUGUUAUUAAAUGACAUCUCUGGAGUUGCUCGUGACGGUGAAAUCAUGGCGGUGCUCGGAGCGAGUGGUUCGGGAAAGUCGACUCUGAUCGACGCUCUAGCGAACCGAAUCGCUAAAGGAAGCUUGAAAGGAACAGUGACUCUCAACGGUGAGCAUUUGGAAUCGAGGCUUCUGAAAGUGAUUUCUGCUUAUGUAAUGCAAGACGAUUUGUUGUUUCCUAUGCUCACAGUCGAAGAGACUCUCAUGUUCUCAGCAGAGUUCAGACUCCCUCGAACUCUCUCCAAAUCUAAGAAGAAGAUGCGAGUCCAAGCCCUAAUCGAUCAACUAGGGCUCCGAAACGCCGCCAAAACCAUCAUCGGAGACGAAGGCCACCGUGGAGUCUCCGGCGGAGAACGCCGCCGUGUUUCAAUCGGAAUCGACAUAAUUCACGAUCCAAUCAUUCUCUUCCUCGACGAGCCUACCUCGGGGCUCGACUCAACCAGUGCUUUUAUGGUCGUCAAGGUUUUACAACGAAUCGCACAGAGUGGAAGCAUUGUAAUCAUGUCGGUUCACCAACCAAGCUAUCGAAUCCUCGGUUUGCUCGAUCGAUUGAUCUUCUUAUCACGCGGACAAACCGUUUACAGUGGUUCACCGAUGAAUCUCCCAGUUUUCUUCGCUGAUUUCGGGCAUCCGAUUCCAGAAACCGAGAAUCGAACCGAGUUUGCGCUCGAUCUGAUACGCGAACUCGAAGGAUCGCCUGGAGGAACCAAAAGCUUAGUCGAAUUCAACAAGUCAUGGCAGAGCUUGAAGCGUUCUCGAGCCCCAGACACACCAACACAUGGUUUGACAUUGAAAGAAGCAAUCAGUGCGAGCAUUUCACGAGGAAAGCUCGUCUCCGGUGCUACUAACACCAAUGCUAGUCCAACUUCUAUGGUUCCUACCUUCGCAAACCCUCUCUGGGUAGAAAUGGCGGUACUAUCCAAACGUGCCAUAACAAACUCGCGUCGAAUGCCAGAACUCUUUGGCAUUCGACUCGGUGCUGUUAUGGUCACGGGAUUUAUUUUAGCCACAAUGUUCUGGCGCCUUGAUAGUUCCCCCAAAGGUGUUCAGGAACGCCUCGGGUUCUUUGCUUUCGCUAUGUCAACAACAUUCUAUACUUGUGCCGAUGCCUUACCAGUCUUCCUCCAAGAACGCUACAUAUUCAUGAGAGAAACCGCUUACAAUGCGUACCGAAGGUCUAGUUACGUUCUCUCGCACUCGCUCACAGCAUUGCCUGCUUUGGUUUUCCUCUCUAUGGGUUUCGCCGCCUUAACCUUUUGGGCGGUAGGGCUCGACGGUGGACUCUCAGGGUUCUUCUUCUACUUCCUCAUCAUCUUCGCUUCCUUCUGGGCUGGAAGCUCCUUCGUUACCUUCCUCUCUGGCGUAGUCCCACACGUCAUGCUCGGCUACACUAUCGUCGUCGCAAUCUUAGCCUACUUCCUUCUCUUCAGCGGCUUCUUCAUCAACAGAGAUCGAAUCCCACCUUACUGGAUUUGGUUCCAUUACAUUUCACUCGUGAAAUACCCAUACGAAGCUGUGUUGCAAAAUGAAUUUCAAGACCCAACAAAGUGUUUCGUCAAAGGGGUUCAGAUCUUUGAUAACACACCGCUUGGUCAAGUUCCAACUGCAUUGAAGUUGAAGCUGUUGGAUAGCAUGAGCGCUACUUUGGGGAUGAAUCUUUCGAGCGGGACAUGCUUGACCACGGGAACAGAUAUACUCCAGCAACAGGGGAUUACUGAUUUGAGUAAGUGGAAUUGCUUGUGGGUUACUAUUGCUUGGGGGUUCUUUUUUAGGAUUCUGUUUUACUUCUCUUUGCUGUUGGGUAGCAAGAACAAGAGGAGCUAAAAAACUAAGUAGUAGUGGUGGUGGUGGUGGUGUAUAACUUUCUGUUAAUUUGGAGAUGUUUGUGUUUUUUUUGUUUUUUAAUUUAAUUUCUAAAUUUAUAUAUGGGAUUUUACUUUUGGUGAAAUUUCAAGUUGAGUUUUAAGUUGUAAAAUUGUUUCUCAUACACAUUAUAUACUCUAAUAAUAUUUUUAUUUGAGCAA